UGUUCGCGGGCGCUGCGAGGCAGCGAGGGUCUCAGUUAUUUCUUGAUCUUGUCGCCUUCAGAUUGUGGUUGCCAUAUUGUCACAGAGAUCAAUACACACUGAAAAGUAGAUGCUUUGUCACGAUGUUACUCAUCUUGCGGAGCUACGCUUUUUUAAACUAUGUCGUUGGCCCUCUUCGAACGGCUUCAGCAACCUCGGACAAGAAGGGUAGUCUCUUGUGCGACCCCGACUUGUACGAAGAUUUCUAUGAGACGGCGGCUCGGUACUCGCCUUCGAGCGCGUUUAGUCGCCAAACUACAGCUGGAACGCAGCGCCGCGGGAUUAAAAGCUGCGGGUCCGCAGGGAUUUUAUUUGAACUUGGUGGCGGUCAGAGCAGCCGCGAUACAAGUUUUUCGAGUCUUCCCGAUAACGUCGAGUACGUCGAGUCCACACCGCUUCACGGUAGAGCGGACGAAGACGGUUUUCUUGCCCGCGACCCCGGUAGCGAAGAGCCAUCAGAGAGUGCGUAUUGCGGGCCGGUGUUUGAGCGCACGUUGUCGGAUCUUGGGAAUGAUCUGUUUGCCGUACCAGGGCGAGACGGGGAUGCAGUAGCAGAUCCGCCGCCGAAUGUGGAAGAUGUCGCCGAGGAGCAGCCCCCGCAGGAGGAGCAGCGGUUGUACUAUGUCGGAGGGAACCAGCACUGGCCCGUCGGGGUAUCUGCUGCAAGAAGCGGUCCAGAAGCCAACUAUCAGUAUUUUGACGCUCCAUAUCUUCCACAGACGCCGGCGCCGCGGUCGAUUUUCGGCCAAUUUUUUCACGGACAAGAAGCGGAAGCGAGCGACCCCAACACUGUCGAGCAGGGCGCUAUGGUGCGCGGACGCAGUGCGGGUUCACGGGAUGCCGCUUCCCAAACGGAGGCUCUUUCCCCCGUACCGGGACAAGAAGGCGUGCCAGAGUUCAAGCCGUUUUUGUCCGAUGUAAACGCGGGCUUCUGGGAUCAUGCGGGCGGUCGCCCGCACGAUCAAGAAAGUGUGCCGAAGUUCAAGGCGUUCUUGUCCACUGAAAACGCUGGCUUCAUCUGGGAUCAUGCGGGUGGAGUGCCAUCUUCUCCAAGUGCUGACGCUAGUCGUGGAGAGACUAGCGGCAGCCGAACUCCAGAUUUCAAACCGUUGGGACAAGCUGACUUUCCGCAUGUGUUAGGGUACUCCAGUCACCCAAUCCAGCAGAUGCAGCAAGCCCAAGCGGCUGCACAGUAUCAAUCCGGCUUUUCCGCCGGGUGCGACCCUUCAGUGCCCGCGGCUGACGCGGCUUUCGCAUCACCUGGUCAGCCCGAAACAGCGCAGGUGCAUCCCGAAGAUAUGGGGUCGAAGUGGCUCGAGCUUUUCCAGGCAAUCAGUGACUCGCUGACUGUCUUAACAGACGUUCUUCCCCAGCCUACCGGAGUACCGCAAGUAGAGCCAGCGGCGCCGGCAUUUGCGGAGCACUCGCUUGGAACGUCUGGCGGAGUACGGGAAAAUCUUGCUCAACAUCACAGCAAAACCCAUUGGAGCUCGAGUACCAGUUUCGCAAACCGGGAGCCCGUGCUCUCUGUCCUCCGACAGUGUGGACCACAAGAUGGGAACGCCAGGGCCGGUCAACCAGGUCGAGGUGAGGAAUGCGACCCUUAUUUGCAAUCUACCCCUGCCAAUGCGCACGAUGCCAGCACAGCCGGACCGGGUACAGCCACUUCUUCUCGCGACACUUCUUCCCUCGCUCCUACCCAUAAGACGUCGUUUUUACGGCGCAAAAACGCUCCCUUGGCUCGCCGGACUGGUAGUGGGGUCAUGAAGCCCCUUCUGCCGCCCACGGUGGAGGGGACAGCGCCCGCGUUCUACUUGGAUGGCGAACCGGUCCCAGAGGAGUGGCGCAGAAAGUGGACCUUGUUUCUGCGAGACGUUUCGGGAGAUAGCGUUACCGUGGCAAACGAAACCGGCUACACGUUCCAGAUGGUGGUCGUCCCGCAUUCAGCCAUAGAAAGUACGGAGACAAAAGCCUUUUUACAUAUUUAUCACGGUUUUAUUGAUCCGAGUGCCAUAUUCUUUUACUCUAUGAUUUUCAUUUGGUGCAAGCGCCACGAUUUUGAGCAGUAUCAAAUUUAUUGUAAAAAAAAAAUCGAUACCACAGAGCGGUUUGUCCGGGAGGGCCCAACGGUUGGACACGUCCGCUCGUGGUUGCACAGGCGCGUUCCGCAGUGGUGCGAGGAUAUCCUGUUGGUCAUGAAUCCCUGGCACCAGAGCGGAAAUUUGAUCGUCAACGCCUAUUCUGAUGAAGUUCAUCUGGCAGCCCUUUUUUUCUCGCCUGUGUUCGACGGGAAACAAUUGCUAGCCCCGAAACCGUUGCAGGGGCAGAGGCUCGCGCGAGACGUGUUCAGAGCAAGUAACUUUUAGCCACCAGCACGCGGGCACAGGUUCAUUCAUUUUUUUUGUGUUAGAUGUUUUUGUUUUUUUGAUGUCGUUUGCAAGUCAAGCUGCCCAGUUUAGUGCCAGUGAAAAUGAUUCAAGAAAUACCUGCAGUCGAAUUCGACUUCGUCUUUUUCUAUGAACUCUAUUUGGAUUUAGUAUUUCUACAGCAGUGAUUAUGCAAUGGAGCAUCAAUAUGUCUGUGGCAGCUGUCACAGGGGCUUGCAAUGCAAUGCCAAUGCUGAUACCGAGAAUAUUCUGGUUGCCAAAGGCGUCUGAAUUCGAUCGACAAAUCUACUUUCUCUAAAUUCGGCGCUACGCACUGCGCUAGAAAUGUUUCAAUUUUUCUGACAGACUGACAACCAGUCAGUGUGAAGUUACUAGAGCCGCGUUUUAUAGUUUCCUGCUCGAGCAAUAUACCUUUCAGUUCUUUACAUUCUGAGCAAAAGCAAACUGCACACCAUGUUGAUGAAUAAAAAAUGCACAACAUAAUGAGGUGCACAGAGAUGGUUUGCCGCUACAUUGCACACGCUUCGCAGCACCAGCACCGAGAAGCACUUGGAACGAAAAAGGUUUUCGAUGAGAGUAAACGAAUGAUGAUAAAGCAGAGAAAACGAAAACAGAUCACAGCACCAAUGGAUCAGACGAGCGUACUCUGAAGAUCUCCCUUCGCGAUAAAUCGUGGAUCCACAAAUAUUCUUCUUGCUCAUCGUGGAGAAUGGGAGUAUUUCUAGGAUCC